UAACUCUGACUCUCCAAAACCACCACUGCACUCCACACUCCACCAGUGCAAUUUCAAAUGCUAUUCUCGAGCUAACAUAAAUGCACUCCUUUAAUUACCUCAACUGUCCUCUCCCUAAAUUUUACAUAUAAAUAGUCCUCUGUCAAAGUAGUCUAGACAUUCACACAGUGUACUUAAAGCAAUAUAUAAAUUUAGCCAUUUAGGGUUUGUCUGUGUGUGUGUAAAAGUGUGUGAGAAAUGGCGAAGUUGUACGUAGUGCUUGUACUUUCACUAGUCCUUGUGCAUGCAAUGGCGGCACGUGACAUUCCUACUGAAAAACAUGACACGGAGACGGUGGUUGUCGCUACCACCACUAAUGGAGGUGGCAAAGCCGUCAAGGACAAGAAGUGUGCUGUUGGAUUUGUCGGCGUUGGCGGCGCUGUUGGCGGCGUUGCAGGUGUUGUUCCACUUGGCGGCAUUGGUGGGGUCGGCGGAGCUGGUGGAGUUGGCGGUGCUGGUGGGCUUGGUGGCCUCGGUGGACUUGGCGGCGCAGGUGGGCUUGGUGGUGCUAGUGGGCUAGGAGGUCUUGGAGGUGCAAGUGGGCUUGGUGGGCUCGGAGGUGCAAGUGGGCUAGGUGGGCUCGGAGGUGCAGGGGCAGGUGGACUAGGUGGGCUAGGUGGUGUUGGAGGUGGCGUUGGGGGAGGUGCUGGUGGUGCCGGUGGAGUUGGUGGUGGUGUUUUACCUUGAAAUGAUUAAGAACAAAGAUGCAUGCAACAUUCACUAGUAUUGCAUAAUUUUUCGUAUAUUAGUACGGAGGAGCUGGUGGAUCUGUUCUACUUCUAGGGUUUAAUUAAGUUGGCAUUUGGUUUCAACAAGUAUUAUUGUAUUAUUCGAUUACGUAACUAUGUUUUGUUUUCCUU